AUGAUAGAUAACUCAAAUAUAUUACAAUUGAUAACCAUAUGUCUACGGUUAAGUAAUAUUGUUGGGCUCAUGUCCUUGAUUAUUGCAAAGUACUACCUUCCUGACUUCCUUAGAUAUGGAAAGACAUUUACAUUUGCGAAGAAUGGUAAUGAGAAUAUAUGGGAUAAAAUCAAGAAUUUUAGUGUACCUAAGUCAUAUUUUGCCCAUUUUUAUAUUCUCUCAUCAGUGUUAGCAUUAGUAACACUGGCAUCAUACCCAACAGAUAUCCUAGUAUGGCAACUGUUUUUACAUUCUUCAAGAAGACUCUACGAAACGCUUUAUAUCAGCAAAUACACAGAGAAAUCCAAGAUGAACUGGUCCCAUUAUGCCGUUGGCUUAUGGUUCUAUAGCCAGCUCAAUAUACUAGUGUAUCUAAGAGUGCAACGAGAAAAUACUACAGCUAGAGUGUUGCCCAUAUUGGUAAUGGUUUUGGCUUCCUGGGAUCAAUACAAAAACCAUGUAGUCCUAUCAAAACUGAAAAAAUACAGUCUACCAAGGUCUCGACUCUUUGAAUUGGUUUGUUGCCCCCAUUACUUAGAUGAAAUGAUCAUUUAUGGCUCUCUUGUCUCUUAUGGACACGAAUUUGUAUGGCCAUUGAUCUGGGUAAUCGCCAGUCUAAGCAUUUCAGCUUUAGAAUCAAGGAAGUUCUAUCUUUCAAAAUUCAAAGAUACAGAAGUUCCUCGUUACGCAGCUAUUCCAUACAUCUUAUAG